GGUCGGAAGAGAAAUUCCUGGUGCUGUAGAGAAGUCGGUGUUCACUAUUCUAAUCGCCCCGCGUGUCGAGUUUACAGGUGAGUGUUCAUUCGAAAAUGUUCUACCGAAUGCAUUUAUCAGUGGUCAUUCGAUAAGAUGCCAUUAUCGAGUUCAUGUGUUAUCGUAUUCAUUAUUCUAGUCGUUCCGUGUGUCAAGUUUACAGGUAAGUGUUCAUUCGAAACAAGUUUACAGAUGAGUGUUCAUUAGAAAAUGUUUUACCGAAUGCACUUAUCAGUGGUCAUUCGAUAAGAUGCCAUUAUCGAGUUCAUGUGUUAUCGUAUUUAUUAUUCUAGUCGUUCCGUGUGUCAAGUUUACAGGUAAGUGUUCAUUCGAAACAAGCUUACAGAUGAGUGUUCAUUCGAAAAUGUUUUACCGAAUGCACUUAUCUGUGGUCAUUCGAUAAGAUGCCAUUAUCAAGUUUGUGGACGUGUUACCGUGUUCAUUAUUCUAGUCGUCCCGCGUGUCAAGCUUACAGGUGAGUGUUCAUUCGAUAAGAUGUCACUAUCGAAUUCAUGGACGUAUUAUCGGGUUCAUUAUUCUAGUCGUCCCGUGUGAAGCUUACAGGUGAGUGUUCAUUCGAUAAGAUGCCAAUAUCGAAUUAAUGGACGUUUUGCCGUGUUCAUUAUUCUAGUCGUCGCGUGUGUCAAGUUUACAGGUAAGCGUUCAUUCGAAACAAGUUUACAAAUGAGUGUUCAUUCGAAAAUGCUUUACCGAAUGCACUUAUCUGUGGUCACUCGAUAAGAUGCCAUUAUCGAAUUCAUGUGUUAUCGUGUUCAUUAUUCUAGUCGUCCCGUGUGUUACGUUUACAGGUGAGUGUUCGUUCAACAAUGUUUUACCGAAUGCACUUAUCUAUGAUCAUUUGAUAGGAUGCCAUUAUCGAGUUCGUGGACUUGUUAUCGCGUUAAGGAUCUUCUGCUCGAUCAAGUGUUCGCAUCGAUGUUUUCGGCAUCAUAGAGAGGUCAUCAAAUCAAAGAUGAUAGUCCGGCUUUAGAUGACUCUUCGAGUCUUCUUUAGAUUGCGAAAUCUUGAAGGCUGUUCAGAUUAUCAAUUAAUAAGUGUACCAACGAAUUACAAUCAUUAGUUGAUCAAAGAUACAACAUGGUGGAAAGGAAGUUCAUUCCCAAUUUGUGGAACAAGGCGCGUCAAAAUUGGCCAUCGAAACAACUCAUAAUCGUGCACUUCCUAGUGAUCUGUUUCGGCUUAUCUGCAUGGGUCGGAGUGAAUGGGAUUUUUGUACAAUUGCCAUUAUUGGUAUUGUCAUCCCCUGAAAGAUGGAAGCUUCCAGCGUAUCUGGUAGUUAUCAUACAAGCUGCCAAUGUUGGGCCAAUAGUUUACGUACUUACAAAUAAAUGGUGUCCUAGGUUAAGUCAGCGUGUAUGGAUAUGGGCUCUUUUACUCGAGGGUUUCCUUGCAAUGUGUCUCCUGGCUUUUUUAUACGAUAAGACAUUAUUUAUUGGUGACAAUCGGUACAGUUUAGCCAUGUACGUGCUAACUUUCUUUACUGCAUUGGUCGGCUGUACAAGUUCGGUACUCUUUAUGCCAUAUCUUCGUUUCUUUAAAGACAUCUACUUAGUUUCGUAUUUCAUAGGCGAAGGCUUGAGUGGACUCGUACCAAGUAUCGUGGCCUUGCUUCAAGGUGUCGGGGGCAAUCCGGAGUGCAAAAUUACUGCCAAUGGUACGAUGGUUCCUUACGUAUCCCCACCCAGGUUUCCACCGAAGUAUUAUUUCCUCUUCCUUUCUGCUAUUCUCGGUCUCUCUGUUAUAGCAUUCACACUUCUCCGAUAUCUUCCGAUUGUACAGGGUGAAUUAAUCCUCUCUGAAGAGAAGUUUGAGCCAGCCAUGGAACAACCUGACGGUUCCAGCACUACGCAGAGGAGAGUUAAGAAUACCGGUGGCCAAAGGGCUUCUUUCGGUCCAUUAUCCAAGAUCUAUUUAUACGUUCUCGUGGCUUUGGUAUGCUUCUUAGGUAAUGGGUUUUUACAUGGAAUACAGUCGUAUUCCUGUUUACCCUAUGGGAAUGUUGCUUACCACUUGACUGUGACACUCUCUCACAUGGCGAAUCCUGCUGCAUGUUUUCUGGCUAUUUGGAUUCUACCGAUGAAUCUGAGGACUAUCGGAGUUCUAUCAGUGAUCAUUUUACUCCUAAGUAAUUAUGUCACGUUUUUAGCUAUUAUGUCUCCGAACCCACCUUUACAUUCUGCAGAGAUUGGCGUGUUCCUUCUUGUAUUGGCUUGGAUUUUGCUGAUGGGGAUUAUAUCCUACGUCAAACUUGCCAUUACCACAGCGUUCAGAUGCGAAUCUGGAGAUGUAGUUCUUUCCAACGUAGGCAUAAUCAUGCAAGUUGGAUCUGCAUGCGGCGCUUUACUCUCAUUCCUGUUGACUAAUUAUACGACAUUGUUUACUUCUUAUAUACCAUGCACGUGAUCUUAACCUUACUUAAUCACAAAAGACAAACUCGAAUACGAUAUAAAGGAAUAAUACACGAAACAGUUUAAAACUAUAAGAAAACAGUACAGUUUGAGUUAGCUAAGGUGUCCUAAUAGAUACUGUAGGUCAAAAUAGGCGCUGCAAAGCGCCAUUGUAACCAACCAUCUUAACCUCACUUUAAGUUCGUCUGCAUUGCUUUAGUAUUAUUUUCAAUCACGAAAGCGUAACUAUUUCUGACAGUCGGCUUUUCUGUUACAAUACAUUUCUAUCAAAUAUAUUACAUAGCUUGUACUCGAAUCGCACGUCUUCGUUAUUAUAUUAAAUUUAAAUAUGAACAUUGAAAACGUAACAGAAAUUACGAUAAUAUACAUCAUAACGUCAUGAAGCCUAUUUUAAAAUAUAUAAGAAAGACAUUAUUUAUAAAAGUAUAAAUACUGAAUUAAUUAGGUUUGACAUAUACAUGUGACACUGUUGCAUCUUGGCAGCUAUGACCGAAUGUUUAAAACAUUUAUAUGCUUGACCGCACAAUAUUUUGUGAACUGCAAUAAAAUAUACAAUAAUUAGAAGCGUAGUAAUACAAUUGUAUCAUGUAAAUAAAAAAACAAAACUAAAA